GGGUGGCCAGCCAUGCACGCCCUCGUUCUAAACCCUAGCCAUCGCUCAUUCAGACUCCCUCGUGAUACUCUUUCACACCAAUGGCUCUGCCUCUACCCUUCUCUUCCCCCGCUCUCUUACAGCGCCAUUUCCACCGUUUUCUUCCCCUGCGACCCGCGGCGGUCACCGGAGCUCCACCUUCUUACUCUUCCCCUACGCCGACUGUCCGAUCGCCGGAGAAGACGGUGCAGAGGAAUUUGGAUGUUGAAACGAAUCUGGAGGUGCUGUACGAUGAUUUGUCGGGGAGGGUGAGUGUGAAGGAUUAUUUCGAUGCUUCGAGGGAGGUUAUAAAAUCAGACGGCGGGCCGCCCCGCUGGUUUUCUCCGCUUGUGUGCGGGAAGCCGAUAGAGGGCGCUCCUUUGUUGUUGUUCUUGCCUGGUAUAGACGGGACUGGAUUUGGACUUAUUUUGCAUCAUAAAUCUCUUGGUAGAACCUGGGUUGGGAAGUUGCUACACCCCGACAACGCAGAGCAUGAUGAAAAAAAAUUGAGCAUAGGCAUUCAGAUAUCUUCCUACGCUACUGCAUUGAAUUUUGCCAUUGUUACAAGGGUUGGAAAUGAUUCAUGGCUGCUGUUAGCUGCCGGUUUCCUAGUUGCUUCCUGCUGCAAGCUAGGAAUCCAGCAACUUAACUGGCUACUGCUUGAUUGGGAAGGAGUAGAUGGGUCAUCAGCGGGAAGGCUGGAUAGCGAAGGGAAGAAGUUUGCUGGGAAGCCUGUAGGAGAUCGAAAGCUGCAGGGAGCUGCUUGUGGGGAAGAAUAUAAAUUAUUUUGGCCAGAUCAGCCUGAAUUCGUGAGAAUGGCUGCUCGGUUUGAUGCCACUAUUGUACCGUUUGGUGUUGUUGGAGAAGAUGACAUAGCAGAGCUGGUUCUCGACUACAAUGAUCAAACAAAAAUCCCCUUUAUCAGAAAACAAAUAGAAGAGAUCAAUCAACAUACUGUGAGAAUAAGGGCUGAUAAGAGCGGUGAAGUUUCUGACCAGGAGCUCUACUUACCCGGACUCGUGCCGAAGGUGCCAGGACGCUUUUAUUUUCUGUUUGGCAAGCCCAUAGAGACAAGAGAGAUGAAGAGUGUUCUGAGGGAUAGGGAGGGUGCAAAUAAGCUGUAUUUGCAGAUCAAAUCUGAGAUCGAGAACUUGAUUUCAUAUUUGAAGAUGAAGAGGGAGGAGGAUCCGUAUAGGAGUAUAUUCAGUCGGGCAAUUUAUCAAGCAUCUUGGGGUGUAGAAUCUGCUCCCACUUUUGAACUGUGAAUUACUUGCUCUACGAUUCAAGCAAAAGAGUAAACGCCCAUUUUAGGUCCUGGGAAUUAUCAUUUAUGUUUUGUUUAGAUGUUUACUUUAUGAAAUAAAUUGUUUAAAUGUUGCUCAUGUACUUUUUAUAAAGGAUUUUUAUAAUUAUUAGUUUCUAA